GCUCUGUCGUGGCCGCGGUCCCCUCUGUUGUCUACUAGCUGCCCCCAACGGUACUGUAUGAGACGGUGGCGCGCAUGAGUGGGUCUCACUGGCGGAGGUUCCCUCUGUUCCCUCCCCAUGUUGUCUGGAGACGGAGGCUGCCUGGUCCUCAGACGCGCCUUGUUUUUUUCUACCCGCAGGGAUACCAAACACGGGAUUCUUCUGCACCUUUGAUUGAGACACAAAACACAAUACAGAACGCUGAAGGCGUGGCUGCUCCGGUGUUUUUCGCCUUGUUCUUCUAGGACGUCGCUGAGAAACCGCGGCGGCUCUCGGGGACUUUUGAGGAGAAAGAAAGAAAAAAACGACCUGACCGGAGGAGAACCCAUUCGAGGCGCGGUAUGGUAAAAUCGCAGGGAAGCCGCGAGCUGGGUCCGGUGGCUCGCUGAUAAACAGAACCGGAACCUCUCGGAGGCAGGAGGGGGAGACCAGCAUCAUCUCAGGGGGCUCAGAGUAGGCUAUCGACGGCCCAGAACCGCGGGCAGCCUGCACGCGCCCACCUACCACCAUGGCUUGGUGCGACGGGAGGUGCACGCUUAUUGUGAUAUGCAGCCUGCAGCUGGUGGCCGCACUACAGAGGCAGGUCAUAGAUUUCCUGGGCUACCAGUGGGCCCCCAUCCUAGCCAACUUCCUGCACAUCAUGGCCGUCAUCCUGGGAGUGUUCGGCACCGUCCAGUUCCGAUCGCGCUACAUCAUCCUGUAUGCUGUGUGGCUGGUUAUCUGGGUUGGCUGGAACUCCUUCAUCAUUUGCUUCUACUUGGAAGUGGGACAUCUCUCGCAGGAUAGAGACUUCCUGAUGACGUUCAACACCUCCCUGCACCGGUCCUGGUGGAUGGAGCACGGCCCCGGUUGCCUGGUGACGCCCGUUACUGACUCCCCAUUGGCUCCCCAGGACCACCAUGUGAUCACCAUCAGCGGCUGUCUCCUAGACUACCAGUACAUAGAGGUGGUCAGCGCUUCCCUGCAGGUCUUCCUAGCCCUCUUUGGCUUUGUGUAUGCCUGUUAUGUGAGUAAAGUAUUCCUGGAGGAUGAAGACAAUUUUGAUUUCAUUGGAGGGUUUGACUCCUAUGGUGGCUACCGUCCUCCCCAGAAGAACUCACACUUGCAGCUGCAGCCUCUAUACACGUGACGUUUUAUCGGAUCAAUUUUGUCUUGUUGACGAAAAGAGGUGACACAACUCUUCAACUCGAUAUUGGCACUGAUGCCGGGAUGAAUAAAUGAAAAUAAACUUAAAAA